AUGAGUAAAUCAUCAAAGCAAGUUUCUGUUACAAAACCCAAUGCCCUUGAAACCGCAUCAUUGCAUAGCUGGAUUGGAGAGAACUCGGGUGUACUUGUAAAGCUGAUGGUGUUCACAGCCGCUUUAUUUGCUAUUCCUAUCGUCACAUUCUUUACGACUCUUCAUAGCUUAUUUGAUGGCAAUGCUACCUAUGCAGGAGGAGCAGCAGCAGUGAUGGCAAAUGUCAUUGUCGGCUUGUACAUUGUGGUCGCCAUGCUCGAAAAGCCUAGAGAUUCUGUAACAGACGAGAAAAAGAAAGACUAG